AUGGUCAUACCUACUCUACAAGCUACAGAAAAUGCCAUGUCCACCCACAAGGCUCACUUGCAGGUUCUUGCUCCUCAAGGACCUAGGAGAGCUUGUCGAUGGGUGCCUCCUGAACAUGGAAUUCUAAAGCUAAAUGUGGACGGGGCUGUGUUUGCAAACCAGAGGAGUGCAGGAGUGGGUCUUAUUCUCAGAAAUGCAAAGGCUAAAAUCAUCUUCUUGGCUAGUAAAAAGGAAAACAAAGUAAAUGACCCAAUUGAAAUAGAGAUGCUAGCAAUUUUGAGAGGUCUCCAGUUUUGCUUUCCCCUUGGAAUUUCACACUUGGUUAUUGAAAGUGACUCCUUUCUUAUGAUGAAUGAAGUGGAAAGUGAAAAUACAUCAAGAUCUCUCCACGACAAUCUGGUGCAGCAGAUUAAACAACUAAUGUUGAGAUUUCCUAUUUGCUCUAUUCAACACAAUAGCCAUUUAGGCAAUGGUGUAGCUCAUGGGUUGGCUAAAUUUGCAUGGAAUAUAGAUGAUUUGAUAACUUGGUGGGGCUCUUAUCCCAAACGUAUUGCCCAAGUUAUUUGGUCAGAUUCUAUGUUGUAA